AUGCAGGUCGCCGGAGCGUUGACUCUAGUGCUCUUGGCCUCGCUGGGGCAUUUGCUCUUGGCGGCGGACCUAGUUGGUCUGUUUCCGGACUUUCCAUUCUGUGAAUGUGACAGCAACGGGGCCUACGAUGUAGUCAAUCCCUACAAGUACAGGGGCAACAACACGUACUGCUUCACCAUUCGCGUCCUUCGCCGUCCGGGCUGCACAAGCUAUUGCUGCACCCAGGCGGACCUGAAGAAGCUCGAGAUCAAUACAUACAGCAGUUGCGAUGUUCCUGGAGUUCUCCUCUCCGCCACCUUGAACGGUGCCCCAACGGUUGUCAGACCCAAUUUUGAGGCGGCCCCCCAAGGCGCCGUGGGUGACACCAUCCUGAAGCUCACACGACUGGGCCUCAAUCUCACCACCGCUGAUGGCGCGGAGAUCUGCAUCACCCUGAGAACUAACCGAGCGGGCAAGGGUUGCACCAACCUGGAGCAGCUGUGCGUUCCGCCGCCGUUGUCCGUAAUGGACCUGCCGGUUGUUUUCUCCGAAUGCCAAACUUGUGUCAACUUAAAGAUCUACCCGGACGAGCGGCCAGGAAUUAUCCCUUUCGUAAUUACCCCGGAGCUAUGCGAAAACUACAGUUCCACCGUGAUCUCCAGGAUGACAGCAGCGUCGCAAAUGGUUGGCGCUUUCAUCAGCAAUCCAUUAGAGUUGAAGGUCUGCAAUAAAGACACCAUCAUAAUCUGCGGCGCGUUCAAAACCGUUGAUCCCGGAAACUCUGCAGUCCCCGUAUUCCUGUCCAACACGGGUAACGAACUUGCAACUCAUUUCCUGAAUACCCUGAUACCCGAGGAGUGUCCAGCUUACCUUAAUCACCACACCAUAGAGGUCACGAUUGAUGGGUUACUCUCCAUCCCGCCGCUUAUCGACGACAACGGUAUAGCGGGUAUGCCCAAUACAUGCAUCAGCGGCUUGGCUACCGAAAACUGCGAACUGGAUGUUCUUUUCCCUAACUGCACCUGCUUAAUGACAACGGGCUUAACGCCCUUUGGCGCCUUGCCAACUUUUACAACCAAGCCCGGCCGUACACCUGCAAGCACGCAGUACUGCUUUCGAUUAUGGACUUUUGAGCCUUACCCUGGUCCCUGCGCCGACGCUGCCAGUGUCACUAAGGUGGAAUUCUGGGUCAAUGACACCAUGCGCCGCAACAUCAACGGUUUUGCUGUCAAGUCCAGCAGUGACGCUACCUACACAUACAUCUAUCCUACCUGGGCUCCCAGAGGAGAUAAUGUUGUGCGGGCAACUCCGCUGAAUUGGAGUCUGCAGCAGGCCAACGGCGCAGAGGUCUGCAUGGAUCUUGAUAACGACACAACCCCAGACGAGUUUUGCCUUGGACCGUGGUCGCGUACCUGCCAUCUAAGCAUCUUUGACGAUUCCCGCAGCGCCACAUGCGCCGUUAGUCUCCUUGCCGCCCGGAGCGAUGCCUGCGUAGAGUGCAGUGAGAACGGACGAGCAUGCAGACGCUUGCGCAACCUAUCUAGCCACGCGAAGCUGUACUUCCAGGAGUGCAGACUCCAGCAGCGUGAGGAAAUUUGA